CAGAUUGAUUCGUCUGAUGUUGUGCAAUAUUAUAUAAAAUGUUUAUAAAAUACUUCUCUUAUCAGAGAGACUCUUGAUGAUGGAAACUCAAUUAAAAUGACCAAAAUGAAGUGCCACAAGUGAUUCAUUUGUUGCUGAAGAUGAAUUAGCCAAGUCAGAGUGGUAGAUUGAGAGAGAGAGACAGAAAAAAAGAGAAAGAGGGAGGAGAGAGAAAGAAUUCUUUUCCAGAAAGUCUUUAAGAACCUGGCAAAACCCCGAGCGAAAUCUCACAAAGAUCUUGCUCUCCGCCAAGUAAUAAAAAUAAUAAUAAAAUUAAGUGGGUCAAUGGCUUACUGUAAUCAGCAAAUGAAAAUAAACACCAACAGAUUCUGGUUUUAAAAAAGAUCGCUAACCAUUUGAAUAAUUCCUUAAAAUUCCAGAUAAUCAAAAGAUGCCCUCGGCGAGGAGGUGGUGGCUCCUCCUUGGUCUCCUGCUGCUCGCCGGCUCCUACAAGCCAGUGGAUGCGGAAGAGGGCGACGACUGUAAGCUGCCUAUGAAUCUGCCUGGCAUUUGCCGCGGUUCCUCCGCCUGUGACACCAUCGAAGGAUACCUCAGAUCGGGCAAAUUGUCUGCCAGCCAGGUGCCCAGCUGUGGCCUGGGGCUGAUCGAGGAGAACAUUUGCUGUCCCAUAGCGCCCUGUUGUUCCACUGAUCAAGGUCAAUUGCCAGCACCACUGCCAUCGCCAUCGCCAUCUCCAUCUAAGGCACCAGUGUCUACCACCUCUGAGCGCAGCAGGGAUAGGGAUCGGGAGCCGGCUUCCCAGCCGUCUAGGGAGAGAGAACCUCGUUUGGAUGAGAACCUGGACUUCUUUGACUUUAACAAGCUGCUCAGCACCACCACUUUGAAGCCUCAAAAGACCCAUGAUUCUAUGAAAAUGCCCACCCAGAACGUUGGUCCCUGGGGCAUAGCUCCACCACGUCCUACCACGACCACGGUCAGAUCCUGGAUUGUGGCCUGGGGUCGGGACAAUUCCCAAAACGAACCUCGUGUUGUAGUCAAUCGACCGAUGACCACACCUCGCUCCAAUAGGCAACAACAGAAUCCCAGGGAUCGUGGUGAUCCGAAUCUUAUCCAUCUGGUCAACGACCGACUGCGCCAGCAGGGAAUGCAGAUAGAGCCUGCCCGGGAGGUACAGAUGCCCACGAGACAGACCACAACAACAGCAUCUCCACCCGUGCCAGCGACAAUGAGCAAUCCCUUUGAACCCUUUCGCUUCCGUGGACAGGACAGGCCGCAGGAACCCCAGCCCUGGAGGGAACCCAGCAAUGAUCUGGACGAUGAAGUGGACUUCGCUCCAAAUCCAAGUCCCAGGAACUUUACUCUGCCCGAUUUGCGUCCGGCCACCAUGACGUCGACGACAGUGAGUCCAGUCAACCCGGUCAGCCCCACCUCGCGAGUGAAUGUUCCCGACAACUCCGAGCGUCCGGCAGUGGCAGCCUGCACGAAGCUCAGGUCGAAUGACAGAAUGAAGUCCUUGACGCCUCACAUCUUGGGCGGUGUGCCCGUCGAGCUUGGCGUUUAUCCACACAUGGCGGCCAUUGCCUACACAACCUUCGGAACGGUGGACUUCCGCUGUGGCGGAUCACUCAUUGCCAGUCGCUAUGUCCUGACCGCCGCCCAUUGUGUCAAUAGUGACAACACCAUACCGUCCUUUGUCCGUUUGGGAACGGUGAACAUCGAGAAUCCUGAGUCGGGCUAUCAGGACAUUAAUGUGGCCAACCUCAACAUACAUCCGGAUUAUGUCAGUAGCAGCAAGUACAACGAUAUCGCCAUCCUGGAACUGGCGGAGGAUGCUCACGAAACGGAGAACAUUCGACCAGCCUGCCUUUACACAGACACCGCCGAUCCGCCGCUGGACUCCAAGAUCUUUGUCGCCGGCUGGGGUGUCAUGAACGUGACCAACCGGGCCAGGUCGAAGAUCCUGCUGCGCGCUGGCCUGGACCUGGUGCCGGUGGACAAGUGCAAUGCCUCCUUUGCGGAGCAACCGAGCACCAUUCGGGCUCUAAAGAGGGGCAUCAUCGAUUCGCUGCUCUGUGCGGCGGACUCGAAGCAGAAGAAGGAUGCCUGCCAGGGCGAUUCCGGUGGCCCCCUCAUCCAGGAGGUGAACAUCGUCGAUGGCAUCUACUCGGUCCUGGGUGUGAUCUCCUCGGGCUUUGGGUGUGCCACGAAAACACCCGGACUCUAUACACGCGUCGCCUCCUUCCUCAGCUACAUCGAGGGCAUCGUGUGGCCGGACAAUCGUGUGUAACUUCCUCUCAGCUGAUCUGCAAUAAAUUUAGUUUCAACGG